AAAUAUGAACUUUUCAUACUUUUUUGCUCUAAAUUCCAUAUUUUUUAUUUAAUGAUAAAACAAGAAUCAAACUUGAAGAAGCUUGUGCAUUGGAACGACGUCCGACACAAGGAAUGGCAACAAAAAGUGGAGAAAUUUUGUGUUUUGUAUUUGUGGCCAUUGGAAUUGGGUUUUGGGUUUCUGCAAUGGCAACGCCAGGGUGGUUUUUGUUUCAUAUAACGCUAGACAGCUCAUCUUUAAAGACACUCUUUCCUGGAGUCACAGGGAUAUCAACUAGAUUGACCAAACUUACAAUAAGUGAAAAAUGGGGCAUUUUUCGCAUCAACACCUGUAUAGCUGAUAUCUGCACGAGUUAUUCCACUCACCUGCUGGAAAACCUUAAGACAGGAAAAUCAACGCACCUGCCGUCAACGCUGGAGAUGAAAAUAGAGAGCGUGUUAACUGCGAUAUUGGUUGCUCUAUGCCUUAUCCUGCUGACUCCAUACAAACCCACAUCGAAAAGAUAUCUAGCUGUAGUCAUCAUCCUUCCUCUAGCUGGGUUACCAUCUGGAAUUUUGAUUGGCCGAACCGCUGAAGCAAAUGCAAGCAUUUCAUCCGCCUUAAAGAUUCUUCAGCUGUUGCUUGGUAAAAACAACAUAGGGAUGGAUUUACCUUACUCGAUAUUGCUGGGUGCUGCUGGAAUGCUGUUCGCUACAUUUAGCUGGGUGUAUAGCAUCGUCCUGUUUAUCAAGUUGCGUAAAAUUUCCUCACAGCGCCCCCAAACCCCACAAAUUCAGAAUACGGCAAACGUGUACGACCAAGGAAUACCCCUCCAGAACAUAUAUACUGUUCUGCAGAAUCCACACUAAUUGACUGCAACAGUGACAAUUUAUAGUAUGACAAUGAAAUAGAUUUUUAAAAAUGUCAUCAAUUUCUUGAACAAUAUCUGAAAAUAUUUUUAUAUUACAUACUGAUAUUCUCAUUACAAAAGCUUUCAGCAGUAAUAUAUCCUCUUUAAUUAAACUUUCGAGCUUAUCAACAGUGUACAUUUAUUGUAACAGUUAUGCAAUGUACAUAUACAUUUAUGUACUCUUUUCCAGCUGAAUGCCAAAAUAGAUGGCAAUUUUAAAUGAAUUUACCAAUUUCUUAUUUAGCGUUUUCCGUAGGUCUACAUGUACAAAUAUAACGAAAAGCUUAUAUCCAAUGACUAUCUUAACUUGUUUUUGGUUCAUUUUGGAAUAACAAUGAUAGGUAUUCAAGCAAUACACUAACAUCAUUUCAAGAUUAAAGUGAAUCAUGAUAAAAGUUUUGAUAGAAAAAGAAACAUUUAACAUUAUUGCUUUAUUUCAUUGUGUAUCCAUAUGCUUUUUGGUAUUAACAUAUGUGUAACGCCAUACAAUAAAUAUACAGUUUUGCA